AUGGCAAGUUUAAUUAUUGUCGACAUUAAUAAGUUUAUCCAUAAAAAGGAUCUGAUGAUAGGUGAUAGGGUUGAAAUUAGUGUUUUAAAUGUUGAUUUGCCAGAUAAGGAUAAAUCACAGCUUAGCUGCUAUAUAUCAAUCGAUAAACAAACUUAUGGAGCUAUUACUCCAAUAAACUCAGGCAAUGAUAAGACUACUGUGAAACUCUGAAAGGACAGAUUAAUAAAAUUUAGUGUAGUUAAAAUAGAAACUGAAGAAGAACUAGGAAGUGUAACGCUAUCUGGCUCUAUUUUGCCAGAAGAAGGCUUCCAAUGGCUUCCUUUAUUUAAUGAGAAAGAUAAAGAAAUUUUAUCUAUCCCUACUAAAGUUAAAUAAUACAUUAAAAUGGCGGCACGUGCCAGCCUGCCCUCUUGACGCAGCAGUUCAGACCUUAUGGCUACGGCGAACUGGGGACGGUCUCCCAGCCGAGAAUCAAGUGCAGGCUCAAGAGGUGUGUAUCUGAGUAGGUUUUGGCUGCUUUCCUGUGGUUGGAAAUAGAGGUGCUCAACAACUCCUUUGGAUCAGAGGAACCAUGGGCAUUCCUCUACCGAGGAACUGGGGGCUUCGGUCCAGGCCACAGGGAAACAGUCUUUUUCCUGUAGCUGUCGAAGAAAGGCACUUCGACACCCAAUAGACUCCAAGGAGAUCCUUGGAAUCAAGCUACUAAAAUCGCCGUAGCAGAGCCGCAGAAUUCCAUAAGCCCCCUCAAGGCAAGGAGGAGACAGAAGGUACCGGAAGGGCAUUCGCAAGAGUAAUAGACCCUCUGGGCUGGAGUUGAAAAGCAGUAGAACCUCUCGUAGGAAGGUCUUUGGUGACUGCGUCACCAAUAUGGCUAGCGCCUGACUUUUAUAAUUAUAAUCCCUACUAAAGUUAAUGCUCCUAGACUGUUUAUUGCUCUUAGCACGCUCAAAGGAUUGAAUCCUAUUUACGAAUCAACAGAAAAUUCAGAAACCGUUUCCCAAAAUGACUCUUUAUCAGAAUCAGAAAAUGAAUUUAUGCCUGAAUUAAAGUUAAUUCAGUCUUCAAGCACUCCAUCUCCUGAGCAUCUAAAAGAAAGCUUUUUGGAGACCCAAUUUGUGCAGCUUGCCAAUGAAAACUUUGCAUUGAAGCAAGAAAUAUAUCACAGCAAUUGAUUUUCCAAAAUGCAAACUUAAUUAGUUUUCCCCUUUUAUUAUAAAAUAAGAAAAUAUUAUAGGGAAAAAAUUUUCAAAUAGAUUAAAUAAAUAUAGAAAGAAUUAAAAAGAACAAUUCUUCGGUCAUUAUGUCACUAAAUUAUGAAAUAGAAGAGCUUAGAAAGAAGGAAAAGAAAGCUCUUGGGAUUAAUAAAAUACUGCAAAAAGAAUUAGGAGAAAUUAAUGAAAAGCAUAAAAGUGAAACUUUAGAAAAAGAAAAAAUAAUAAAAGAAUUAAAAGAAAACUUGGAAAAAGCCAAAAAUGAUGCCAAAGCCAAAGAAAAUUCGAUAUUAAUGAUAUUGGAAAAUAAAGAUAAAGUUAUUUAUAAGAAGCAAUGUGAAAUUAAUAACUUGAAAAAAAGUAUUUCCUUAAUGGAAGAGAAAACUGGAAGUAAUAAAGAAGCUGAUAUAUUAAAAAUGCAAAUUAAUGAACUAAAGCAAAAACUCAAUGAAGUCGGAAUAAAGACUGAAAACGAAGAUUUGCAUUUAGCACUUGAAAAGCAUUUAAUUGAAAGAAAUGCGCCUGGCUUCUUUAAACUAGUUCACAGUAAUAAAUACGCCUCUGGAUCAAACAUAUUUACAUUAUUAUUAAAGAAUGGUAAGAUUUUUUGCGAAAUUGACGGCAUUGAAAUCUCAAUAGACGAAAUCAUUAAUUCCAGGCUGAAAGCAAACCUGAAUUUGUCUGGAAAAGUUGAAUCCUUUAGCAUUCCUAUUAAAGGUAAAACUAAUUCCAUAUCUUAUUACAAUACUGAUGAAGCUGAUACAGAAAAUACUACUGAUGGAGUUCAAAGCAGGUCAUCUUUUGGCUCAGAAAGAACACUUUCGAGCUCUCCUGAACUACUAACUACCAAAUCAGCUAAAAGAGUUGUGAAAGUUUCUAGCUUCAUGAAAAGUAGCAUGUCUUCUUUAAGGGAAAUUGCGCAAAAAGUUCCGAAGUCUAUAAAAAAACCCUCAUUUAAUAAAACUUUUCUUUAA